AUGGCUCCCAUUCGCGUCUCUAUCCUUGGCACUGGCCUCUCCCUCCAGGCCUUCCACUUCCCUCUCAUCGAUGCUCUCCCGGACAAGUACGUUCUCCACUCCGUCAUGGAGAGGACGGACCGCGGCAAGGCCAGGGCUGUCUGCGGCCCCGACACCAAGGUCGUCAACACUAUCGACCAGGUCGUGAAUGACCCCGACGUCGACCUUCUGACCCCAGUUAUGGUCGAGAAGCCUGUCACCCCCACUGUCAAGGAGGCUGAGGAGCUCGCGGCUCUUGCCAAGUCCAAGAACCUCGUUUUCUGCGCCUACCAGAACCGCCGAUGGGACGCCGACUUCCUCACCCUCAAGGACCUUCUCAAGUCGGGCAAGCUCGGCCCCAUUCACGAGAUGACCUCCCGCUUCGAUCGUUACCGUCCUCUGCCUCCCGGACACAAGUCAUCCUCUUGGAAGGAGACCCCGGGACAGCACAACGAGGGCAUCUACAACCUCGGAUCGCACGUCAUCGACCAGGCGCUCAACCUCUUCGGCGUGCCCGAAAAGGUCUGGUGCCGCAAUUACGACGAGCGCGGCGUCGGUCUUGACGAGUGCUUCGAGAUGGAGCUGCUGUACCCCCCUCAGCCUGGCGCCACCGGUCCCCUCGCCGUCCACUUGGGUGCCAACAUGCUCAACUCCGUUCCGGUCCAGCUUCGCUACCUCGUCAAGGGACUGAAGGGAAGCUUCCUGAAGAAUGGCCUCGACCCUCAGGAGCCUUUCCUCCGCGCUGGAAAGAAGGUGCGCGACGAGGGCUUCGGUAUCGAGUCUGAGGACGCUUGGGGAACGGUGUCGACGGUGCCGUCGAAGAACGGAUGGUACCCGGCCAUCUACGAGAACGUCUACGACGCGAUCACGUCGAAGGACCCGAGCAAGCUUGUCGUUCAGCCCGAGCAGGCUAUCUGGACGAUGAAGAUCAUCGAGCUGGGCAACAAGUCGAGCAAGGAGGGUCGCGUCAUCGACGUCAAGGCCGAGGCUGACAAGCUCUGA